AUGCUACAAGAUCUGUCAUUGAAUGAUGUAGUAAUGCCAAAAUGUUACACACGAGUUGUCUGGAUAUACGAUUAUAAAAUUGAUGAUUUAGAAAAACCGUUGAUUGAAUUUCUUAAACAACAUUGUCCAACUGCAUUUUGGCAAAUUAUUUAUGACGAUAAGAAGCCGGAUUAUGGUCAAUUGAAAGAACCAAUAGCAGAUUCAAAUAAAAUAUUUAGUCGAACUGAAAAAUCCGAUAUAUCAAUUUCUCAUUAUAUUAAUUGUAGUUAUCAAGAACUUGAUGUAUUCCCAUAUUCACAUAUGCCAACAGAUACUUCACCUCUAUUUUUUCUUCAUCAAGUAAAUGUUCAUGAUGGAACAUUACUAGCAUUUGGUAUUCAUCACCAUUUUACCGAUGGAUAUGGAUUUUUUACAUUAAUCGAUCAAUUUUCUAAAUGGAUAUGUCAUCGAGAUCAUUCUAAAGUAACGCCAUUCAAUUAUGAUCGAUCUUUAUUAAAACCAGGAACUGAAAUUCGUUAUGAACAUAUCGAAUAUACAUUAACACCAUUUGUUUUUUAUAUUAAAGAAAUGCCAUCAAUGGAGGUAUUAGUUAAAAGAUACACUAAACAAGAGCUAUUUAAUAAAUUAAAAAUUACUUCAAUGAAUCUUUCAUUUAACGAUGUUCUUGUUGCUUGGUUAACUCAAGUAAUAAGUCGAAUACGUCAAAUACCAUCAAAUGAAACAGUUACUGUAGGUAUGGCGAGUAAUGGUCGAAAUGAAUUAGGAAUUGGUUUAAAUUAUUUUGGUAAUUGUAAUUUUUUUGUUUGUUUUCAAUUCAAAAUGAUUGAUUUACUUAAUAAAUCUGUUGAUGAAUUAGCAAAUCAAAUUAAUGCUGAGAAAAAACAGCGAAUGACUAAAGAUUAUAUGACAUCAGGACUUACUUGGCUUGAACAAGCUUCAUCAACUGUUUAUCAUGGUUUUCAUGCUUUUUUAGGUAAAGAUUUAGCUUUUACAAAUUGGUCUUCUUUUCCUUUAUAUCAAGUUGAUUUUGGACAAGGUACACCACGACGUGUUGCACUACCACCUGGUGAAUGGGAUGGUUUAAUUUUAAUUUUACCAACAGAAACAAAUGAAGUGGAAUUAUAUAUUGGUUUAAAACAAGAUCAUGCUGAUGAAUUGCGUAAACAAUUUGAAUAA